UGAUGACCCCGCCACUUGUUCAAUAUUCGCUUUUCCCAGCACCUUCUUCAUGGGAUUGCUUUGGUCCCCGUAAGUCGGUAUCAAGCAGCGAAGCAUCUUGGCGUCGUCGCUGUGCGUACUGCUCAUCCAGCACGGACCACCUGCAGCCGUGCGGCCACGCAGUUUGCCAGAUUUGUAUCGCCUCCCUUCCUUUUGCACUACGAUCCGCAUGCUCCAUGUGUACAGACCAGCAGCCACACACUCCAACCAUUCCAGAGGCACCACCAGCCCGCCAUCUCCUGGCACCUCCUCCAUAUUAUCCAUGCGCCAAAUUGACUAAUAUCCCUUGGGACGUAUCUCAAAACGACGUACGAAAUUUUUUCGGUCACUGUAGACUCCCUUCGUUGUCUGUACAAGCGCAAUCGAUUCAUAUCAUGAUGGAUCGCACGACAGGCAAGACGCUAUCUGACGCCUACGUUGAAUUCGCAACACAAUUAGAUCUCAUCCGUGCUAUUGAAACACGUCAUCAAAAGCCUCUCAAGGGCCGUGUCGUAACAGUUACCGAAUGUACGCAAGAAGAACUACUCACUGUCGUGUUUCCUAAAUGGCGCGGCCAAUUCUGUGGUGUAUCGGCGAUCCCACCUCCUUCCCAGGUUGUCAAAUCUAUGUCGACCGCUGCCGGCGGCGGUGGCACCCAAUGCCCUCCUUUUGUCACCCGCGAAGAAAUUAACGCGCUACUUGUCGUGUGCAAAAACUAUAAGCUUCACUUUUCUCGAAAAUGCGCAGAGCGCCCGUUCGAGAAUAUUGUCAGCGUAAUCACAAAGUAUCCAUGGCAUCAAGUACAUUUGAUUUCCACAAUGCACCGCGAUCAUAUCUAUGAAAUGCUCAAGUUAUCUAUUGAAUCCUUAAAAGCACACCUUUCAAAGGACUAUGUUCAAAUCGAUUCUUCGCUGUUGGAACGUGUAACACGUGCAGGAAUCAUGUGUCCAGCAUUCACUGAACGGCAGAAAAUGACGUUGCUACAGACCGCCAGAAUUGAAUGCACACCAGAUCUUUUCCAAUAUCUUUUGCCAGUUGGUCCACCAUCUCCUGCAGGACCUGUUCCUGAGCCAUACUAUCAAAAGGAGAGCUUCUUACAAAAAGUAUAAACGCAACGCUAUUGCCUCUUACAGCUCUAAUUGAUAGAGAACAUGCUUAACACAUCCAACAACACCUACAACUACAGCAAUACAGCACACGCAUGCACUCAAAUGAAUACUGUAUACACACCAACUAGCAUUUGUCCAAUUUCCUUCAUACUCUUAUAAUUUCUUUCAUUUAUUGUUUAUGACAGUUUAUAAUAUCAUUUACAACGAAAUCAUUGUUAUUUAAUUAAUUUUAUUCUUUC